AUGCCCACCCCAGGCCUCCUCUACGUAAACUCCCGAGUUACCUCCCCCACUCUCACGCCCUCUGCAUUCGAUACAUGGUAUACACAAGAGCACAUCCCUGAUAUCUUCGCUUCCAAGGGUAUCACCUCCGCAUACCGCUACAAGGCCAUCGAUCCUUCGGCCCUGCGUCCCUAUCUCGCUCUGUACCCUGUGAAAGAUUUGGAUUUCCUGGGUAGCGAGGAGUAUAUGAAGAUUUCAGUAAGGAGCGAGAAGUAUUUCGGUGGUAGGGGGGCUUUUGAGGUUGCGGAGUUUGAUACUCGAUAUUAUGAGGAGUUGGAAGGGUUUGGGAAAGAGGGCGGGUCCAGCGAGUUAGGCAGCCUUCUCAUUUCAGUAGCAUAUAGCUCCGCGCCAGGCGCAGACAACGAGGCCGCUGCCCCGUAUAAUGAUGAGCAGCACCAGAUCCUCGCCAACUGCCCAGGGCAUAUUAGGACUCGAAGAUAUAAAUUAAAAGAAUCGGUUACGGGGAAGUUCUUAGAUCCCCAGAUGGUGGUCCCGAUGUAUUUGGCGCUUCAUGAAUAUGAUGGGAAGAGUUUGCCGCAGGAAGAGCUGACGAAUAUGUUGGAAACUGAGGAUGGGGAAAGGAAUAUAGAAGGUUGGAGGUUGGAGGAGGGGUUUGAGGAUCGCGUGGGUAAAGUAGCAGGGGAUGGAGAUGGAAUGGGGAAAGUGUAG